CUACGCAAGACACUGGUCAUCUCGCUGCUACAGUCAGUGCCCAAAGUAAUUAAGCUGUUCAACGAGGUCAUUCUGAACAAGGGCGAGGCGGACUGCGCGACUAACUCGCUGGGCUACUUCGAGAGUCUGGGUUUUGUGUGUCCGCCCGCCCGAGACAUUGCCGACAGUUUGCAAGAC